CGUAGGUAUCGUUCACCAACUCGAUACAUGCAGCGGAGUUGCGAGUAGAAUAUAUUAGAAUAGAUCGUAGAGAUAAUAUCGAUAGAGAACGAAGCGGGGAUCGUGAUCGAAGCGGCAUUUUUUUUGGUUGGAAUACGAGCGGCUGAAUACUGACCAAGCGGAAUAAAAAAGAUAAAACUACUUAAAUUGUGCGCCUUUUAGUGAUUCUCGUGCUCCCUACAAAUUCAGAAGUGGGAUCAGAACCAUAGUCGCCACAAGCAAAUUACACAUUUUUUUUUUCUUCAACCCUUAAUCGACGCCGGCUGCAAUUAAAACAAAACUAAAAAUUCCAAGUGAAAAUGUCGGAUUUGGUUGGAGCAGAGCAAUACUCAGCGGCACAACUGCGGGAGUGGCUUGAGUCCCUUAACUUGCCAAAGAACGGGACCAAAGCCGCCAUGGCAGCCCGUUUAAAUGAAGUCCCACUGGAAGCACGCGGACAGGGGCCGCCAGCAGCAGACAUGUGCGAGAGCGAGUCGGAAAACGAGGUGUUCCAGAACAAUCCAGAUUCGACAAAAAACCACGACGCCAGUCAGCAUUCUAACGGUGAGAAAAAAGGAGAGACCGAUAAUGCGACGUCGGCCAUCGUAUCGCCGACAAACGACAGCUACAACAACGAACCAGAAGCACAAAAGGAGCAACGAAAAGCAACGGAUCUAGCAAACGAAAUCGAGGCCUUGAAGUUACGAAUUGAGUUGCUAAAGCUGCAAAAGGGAGGAGAGAGCGAGAAUAUUCCGCUGUGUGCAGGCACGUCUGUCAAUAUUGAGUCUAGCCUCUCGCGACUCAAUGUUGCGAAAGACAUGUUGCCAAACUACCACGGCAACACCUCUGGCAACAAUAGUGACGUCACUGCUUGGAUCGCGCAAUUCAGAGCGACGGCAAAGAUAAACAAACUGUCGUAUGAGCAGCUACUGAUGCUGCUGAUGUCAAAGCUGAAAGACAAUGCCCUAAUGUGGCUGCAUUCUGAGGUACAGCACAUGUCCAUGCCAAUUGAUCAACUAUUAAACAUAAUGGAGAAUACAUUUCAACUCAAGGAAAGCAAGCUAUCACUCCGCCGCAAGUUUGAGUCACGGUCGUGGAUGCGCGACGAGGAGUUCGUCGGCUACUUCAACGACAAAAUGAUGCUAGCGUCUCGCAUAGCCAUCGACGCCGAAGAGUUAAUCGACGGCAUCGUCGAGGGUAUCCCAGAUGAGACACUGCGCCGUCAGGCCCAUAUGCAGUGUUUCGUCGCGCCGUAUCAGCUGCUGAGGGCUUUCGAGAAAGUCAUGCUGCCGAAGAAGUACACGCCACCAGGAGCAAGGAGCAUCUCGGGAGAGUCUUCGUCACUGGUCCGCUGCUAUAACUGCAACUCGUUGGGCCACAUGGCAGUGGAUUGUCGCAAGCCCAAGCGUGAAAGAGGAGCAUGCUACGGAUGCGGCAGCAUGAACCACCAGAUAGCACAUUGCGGUGAACGGAAAGAUAAGGUACAGAACGAAUACAUCCGUAAAUUUAACAUAUUCAUUAAGAAUUUUAGUAAUAAAUGUUUUUUCUUAGACUGCCUCAUCGACUCAGGGAGCCCAAUAAGUUUUGUAAAGAUCUCGUGCCUCUCAAAUGGACACAAUAUUAAUCAAGUAGAUUUAAGUUCAUAUCACAACCAAGAAACUAAAAUUAAUGCGACAGAAGGCCGAGAAGGCGAGUUAAGUUCAUGUAAUUCACAGUAUGGCAAUGAAACGAAGAAGCCUACAUUUGUUAUUAAUAAAAAUACGAGCCACACAUACGUUGGUCUUAACAACAGUAGACUUCGUGUUUUCGGACAAGUUUCCGGUUUUGUAAUUUUUAAUGAAGAACAAAUUAACUUUGAACUAUUAGUAGUGGCAAACGAGUCGAUGGGCCAUGAGGCUGUAUUAGGUAGAGAUUUUAUGAGAUUAUGUAAAUUUAAGAUUGUAAGUGACAUUUGCAAGGAAAAUGAGAGUGGGGAAGAGAACGUUGGCAAAGCUGAAAAUGACGAUUACGAAGAAGAGGAGUGUGAAACGGAAGACGAAGAAAGAAACGAUAGAUACGUAUUGGAAGAUGUAGAAGGAUUUCAGCAGUCUAGGAUCCCGUACAAAGGAGUGUGGGCGGUAGCGAAUAUGAAGCCAUGGCUGGGAAAAGGAAACGAGGCAAAUGUCACAGGGAAAAAUGACAGACAAAAUGAUUGUAAUAUAUAGAUUAAGGAUAGUAAAAUAAGAAUGAAACCACCUGUUAAAAAUAAGGCCAACAAGAAGCCAAGGCAACUGUAAGGAGUUCAGGAGCACUCCGGUCAGGAUGGCCGAAUUGUAGUAAUAUAAGUAGAGUACUGUAAAUACUUAGAGAGACACCAUUUAAAUAUUAAGGAGCGCGCGUAGGUAUCGUUCACCAACUCGAUACAUGCAGCGGAGUUGCGAGUAGAAUAUAUUAGAAUAGAUCGUAGAGAUAAUAU